AUGAGGUCACUAAACUCAACGGAGAAAGAAGCUCUGGUGAAAGGAGACGAAGAAGUUUUCAGGAUGAUAAAGGAGGAAGAGGAGGCUAUUGCUUUGAAAGAAGAAGUGGAUGAUAUCACAGUGAAAGAGGAAGAUGGGAAAGAGGUUGUCAGAGUGAAAGAGGAGGUAGAAGCUUUCAGAAUCAAAAAGGAGGAAGAUGCCAUAACAUUGAAAGAAGAAGAGAAUGUAGUGAAAGAAGAGGAAGAACAUGUUGGAGUGAAAGAGGAAGAGGAGGCUGUCUCAAUUAAAGAGGAGGAGGAAGACGUUUUGGGAGUGAAAAAGGAGGAGGAGGAGACUGAAGUACCGAUUAACACCAGAGAGAGACAUGACUAUCGUGGAUCCUCUGGGAAGCCUCAACAACAUCCUGAUGCUGACGAGGAAGAGAAGAGUCUCUCCAGAUCAGAACACCAGAUGGACAACGCUAGCCCUUCCUCCCUCCCGGAGUCCCCGUGUCGUGCCUCUCCCGGUAGCACCUUACUGCUGGGUAUGAAGAGGUUCUCUGUGCUGCUGGUGGACUUCAGGAAAACAACGGGGCUGAGAGGAACUGUGAGAGGAGGAGAAGAGAAGAAAGGAUCAGAUUUGACACAUCAAAAAGAGGUCUGCUCUAUGGAGAAAGAAGCUCUGGCGAUGAACAUUGUCGUGAAAGAAGAAGAAGAAGAGCAGGAUAUUACAGUGAAAGGAGAGGAAGAAUCUUUCAGAAUGAAAAAGGAGGAAGAGGAGGUUGUUAUAGUGAAAGAAGAGAAAGAACCUUUCAGUGAGGAAGAGGUGAAGGUGAAGGAGGAAGACGUUUUGGGAGUGAAAGAGGAGGAGACAGAAUAUCAGAUUAACACCAGAGAGAGACAUGACUAUCAUGGAUCCUCUGGGGAGCCUCAACAACCUCCUGAUGCUGACAAGGCAGAGAAGAGUCUCUCCAGAUCAGAACACCAGAUGGACAACGCUAGCCCUUCCUCCCUCCCGGAGUCCCCGUGUCGUGCCUCUCCCGGUAGCACCUUACUGCUGGGUAUGAAGAGGUUGUCUGUGCUGCUGGUGGACUGCAGGAAAACAACAGGGCUGAGUGGAACUGUGAGAGGAGGAGAAGAGAUGAAAGGAUCCAAUUUGACACAUCAAAGAGGAAAACCAAACUUGGAGGAACCAGAGACGUCCGAACCAGCAAGACGACACCUCUGCUGCCAUUGUGGAAAGAGGUUUACCAAGUUAGGAAGCCUGAACAGACAUGAGAGGGGACACACAGAACCGAAGACACAAAAUUGUGCCCAGUGUGGAAAGAGUUUUAGCUACUUAGGAAAUCUGAAAGCUCAUGAGCGAACACACACACGGGAGAUGCCUUUCCGUUGCUCCCAGUGUGGAAAGAAUUUUAAGCGGUUAGACACUCUCAAAACCCAUGAGCAAAUACAGACUAGGGAGAAGCCGUACCAUUGCGCCCAGUGUGGAAAGAGUUUUAGCCAGUCAGGAAGCCUGAAGGAACACAUGAGACUGCACACAAGGGAGACGCCUUACUACUGCUCACAUUGUGGGAAGAGUUUUAGCCAUUUAGUUAGCAUGAAAAGACAUCAGAGGAUACACACAGGAGCGAAGCCACACCCGUGCUCCCAGUGUGGAAAGAGUUUUAAGCGGUUAGACACCCUCAAAACCCAUGAGCAAAUACACAUUAGGCAGAAGCCGUACCAUUGUGCCCAGUGUGGAAAUAGUUUUAGCAAGUCAGGAAGCCUGAAAGUUCAUGAGCGAAUACAUACAGGGGAGAAGUCAUACCUUUGCGCCCAGUGUGGAAAGAGUUUUAGCCAGUCAGGAAGCCUGAAGGAACACAUGAGACUGCACACAAGGGAGACGCCUUACUACUGCUCACAUUGUGGGAAGAGUUUUAGCCAUUUAGUUAGCAUGAAAAGACAUCAGAGGAUACACACAGGAGCGAAGCCACACCCGUGCUCCCAGUGUGGAAAGAGUUUUAAGCGGUUAGACACCCUCAAAGCUCAUGAGCGAAUACACACAGGGGAGACACCAUACAAUUGUGCCCAGUGUGGAAAGAGUUUUAAGCGGUUAGACACUCUCAAAACCCAUGAGCAAAUACACACUAGGCAGAAGCUGUACCAUUGUGCCCAGUGUGGAAAGAGUUUUAAGCGGUUAGACACUCUCAAAGCUCAUGAGCGAAUACACACAGGGGAGAUACCAUACCAUUGCGCCUAGUGUGAAAAUAGUUUUUGCUGGUCAGGAAGCCUGAAAGUUAAUGAGAGAAUACACACGGGAGAACCCAUACCACUGCUCCCAGUGUUCAAAGUGUUUUACCCAUUUAGGAAGCCUGAAGGAACACAUGAGACUGCACACAGGGGAGAAGCCUUACAAAUGUUCAGACUGUGGGAAGACAUAUUACUCAUCACAGUCACUUACAAAACAUAUGAGAAUCCACACAGGAGAGAAUAAUUACUUCUCCUAGUGUGUAAACUUGUAAUUCACAUCACAUACACUUAAAAUUCAUCAGAGAGCGUACACACUGCUCCCAUUGUCUUAUGUUGUUGACUGAGAAUGUUUACUUGUUUAUACUAUAAGACAUUAAAUUGUACACAGUAAACUCAAACAUAUAUAUUUGUAUGUUUUUAUUAGAAACCAUAAAUCGUACAUGGAGUAUGUCAGUUUGAAUAUAGAGUAAAUCAUAUAAUCUCCUGUACCUGGGAGGAUCAUUCUGUGUUGCAAACCAAUUUACACCUGUGUCCUUGUAUGAAUAAAGUCCCGCCCAGGAACAGGAAACUAUAAAGAUAUGUGCUCAUCACCCAAUGCUUCAGGAAUUCAGACUGUACACUGCGAUGUGUAACUCUGUUAUUCUCUCUGAGCUCAGAAAUAAAGAAUCUUGGUUUGA